AUGCCUUUCGGAGGAGGAGGAUGGUCGAAAUUCGUUUUGACGGUGCUCUUGACAGGUAUGUUUUCGAGCAAAACAUGCUCCGAAUCAAUCCUUUGCUUGUAAUGGAAAGUUGUCUUUUCUCGCGGGUGGCACUCUGCUCCACUCCCGGCAACUUCUCAUUCAAUUAGUCCCCUCUUCCGGAGGUGGCCCCUUUCAUAAUGGACCCAUUUCCAUUUGCAUUUCCACUCCACUUCCCCUCUUUGUUCUUCCACGUCAUAAGAGAGAGAAAGAGAGAAAGAGUUCAUCAUGCGAAUGCUCUCGAACUAUUCCCCCCCCCCCCUUUCCUUUCAAGAACUUCUGCUCUCCGCCGACCUCAGGCGCCAAUUCCCCUGAGCGCCUUCGUAUGACAAUUUGUGACAAGAACACUGCUUUCUUCCUUCCGUCUCGCAGACAAAGACGUCGCGUGAGUAACCUGAAAUGGAAUGACAAACACACAAAAAGUUAACGAGCGGCCAAAGAGGAGGGGGAAAACGAAGGCAGCGAAAAUGCAUUGCACCGACCGCCGACGGAUUUAUUUUGAUGCCUUUGGCGGGGAUUAGGUAGUGGAAGUGGAGUGGACGGAGGCGAUGGAUGGGCCACAAAAAGUAGUAUGUCGAGAGAGCCGAACGAACAUGUUCUUUAACGAAGAAAGGGUACGGCCGUAUACGGUAGAAGUCGGCAAACUCCAAUUUCCUCAAUUACGACAAAUAAAACGAAUGAAACGGGGCCAGUUAGAGGGUGGUAAUUGGGGAAUCGAAGAAAAAGAGAAGAAAAGAGCCAUCCGGUUUGCAGGAUGUCUCGUAAGCCACGCGUCCGCAGAAGACAUCGACGCAGAGGACCGUCUGAUGGUCGAUCUCUUCCGCGGAUACAAUUCGCUCGUUCAGCCCGUGCGGAACAGAUCCGAACUGCCGAUGAUCGUGAGAAUCGGAAUGCAGCUGGUUCUGUUGAUAAAUGUGGACGAGAAAGAGCAAGUGAUGCAUACUAACGUGUGGUUGACCAUGAAAUGGAAUGACUUCCAACUGAAAUGGGAUCCACGCGAUUACGGUAACAUCACGCAGAUCCGAGUGGCGCCCGAGAAGGUCUGGCUACCCGAUAUUGUCCUUUUCAAUAAGUAAGUACCAAAAAUCUUUCAGCUAAAGCCUAAAGGCGAUUAUUUCAGUGCCGACGGCAACUACGAAGUGUCAUUCAUGUGCAAUGUGCUCAUUCUGAGCACUGGCACUGUUUUGUGGGUUCCUCCGGCCAUUUACAAGAGCAGUUGCAUAAUCGACGUCGAGUUUUUUCCCUUUGACGAUCAACUGUGCAGCCUGACUUUCGGAAGCUGGACGGUGAGAUCCACAAUUUUGCAUGAGAAGUAAGAGUAAUUGUUUUCUGUUGCAGUACAACAAAGAUGAAAUAAAACUGGAUUUUCUCACAUCGGAUCGUGUCGAUUUCUCAGAAUACUCGACCAGUUCCAUCUGGGAUAUGAUGGAUGGACCCGCAGUUUUGACAUCGGACAGGAGCAGGAUCGAAUUCCAAAUCAGAAUUCGGAGGAAGACCCUCUUCUACACAGUCGUGCUCAUUCUGCCGACCGUUCUGAUGGCCUUCCUCAAUGUGACCGUAUUCUAUCUUCCGACCGCAUCCGGAGAGAAAAUGGGUCUGACGAUGAACGUGCUGCUGUCUAUUGUCGUGUUCCUUCUGCUCGUCUCCAAGAUCCUGCCGCCCACGUCUUCUUCCAUCCCGCUGGUUGCCAAGUAUCUUCUGCUCACUUUCGUUCUCAACAUAAUCACGAUCAUGGUGACCACCAUUAUCUGUAACAUUUACUUUCGAAGCCCGAUAACUCAUCGCCUUCCUCCCUGGGUCCGAACCGUCUUUCUCGAUGUGAGUUUCUUCUCUUCCUCAUCAAAUUCUUCAACGGUUUUCUUUUCAGUGGCUGCCUCUCCUUAUGUGUAUGCAAAGGCCUCAUCGAAAGAAUGUUAUUCAAAAAGGUCAUCGCAAACUACUGGAGCAAGGUCCAAGUGUGGAAGAGAAUCCGAUGAGAGCGGGAGAGCAUCAUCCACUGUGCCGACACACUCAUAAUCCCGAUAGCUGCCGAAAAGUGCGAAUCCAAAGUGACGAGUUGGAUGAUGAGCUGUCGCCAGAAGCUCAGAGAGCAAUCGAUGCGAUCGAGUUUAUCACGGAGAACCGCAGAGACGAAGAGAUAACGAAGCAGGUGAGAGAGAGAAAAAGAGAAACUAAUAAAGUUGAUGGUAUUGGAUGGAUUGCAGUUCCGCGACGAUUGGAAGUUCAUUGCGAGCGUCGUCGAUCGCUUCCUCCUCUACGGAUUCUUCGGCGCCACACUCGGCGGAACGAUCGGAAUCGUGUUCUCGGCACCAUCGGUAUUCGAAACAUUUGAUGAGCACGCUCAGCUCAAAAAACUGAAGCAAUUGUACGAUAUGGGUCUGGCGAACGACACCGUUCUCGGUCUUUUCUAA